UCAUUUUUUCUUCUUUCUUCAAAUCUCUUUUAACACAUAUAUAAGGAGCCAAACCCACACAGUCACACUACAUACAGAAGUGUCUCUAGCAAGUAAUAGAGUGUGAAUUGUAUCCUGUACGACGUAGUUUUAGGGGAAAUUGUGUUUGAUGGACGAGUCCUGGCGAAUGAGAAUGGGAAUGGCGGACCUCCCUCGCAGGCGCUCAACGGAGGAGGCUUCAAGCAGAUCUGUCACCGAAACAUUUCUCGACGCAGACGAAUUCUCCGACGUGUUCGGCGGGCCGCCCCGGAGCGUGCUCACCCGCAAGUUCUCCGUAGAUUUUUGCGCGAGAUCAACAUCGUCGUCGUCCGGGAAAUCGUUCUACGAGGAUGUUUUCCGGCAUCCGGAGUCUGACUCCAAGAGCGGACGGAGGUUGCCUGCGUUCAGAAUCCCGUCGAGGAACGAGGGGUUCUACAGAGACGUUUUUCGGUGGGACGAUGACCAGAAAAGGUCCAGGGAGCGGUACCGGUCGGAUUCGAAGCCGAAGUCGAAGUCGAAUUCGUCGUCGGUAUUGAGCUCGGAGGAGCUUAGCCCUCUCCGGCCUGUGCUUGGAGACGACGUGGCAUUGAACUCUUUUGCUUCAAAGCUCAGGCCAAUUAAUGUCCCAGGUAGAUGGAACACAGCAACAAAGAUGCCAGAGGAUAGACCAAACAAACAAGCAAUGCCAGUUUAUCAAUGCAAUCCUCUUUCAACCAUGGAAAACCAAUACAUGGAGAGUGAAGCCAACUUCUUUAGGAGUUCCUAUUAUGGGUUUUCGCGAAGAAAUUCUUCCCCCGAAACCAUUAGUAUUGAACCCAAUUCAUAUCGAAGCUUCAAAGUAUCUGGGGAUGAUGUAGAACUCAACUCCCCUGCAUCACCUGUCUCUUCACUCUGUCAAGAAACAGAGGCUACAGGAGUGUGUUAUGAUAAUUGUGCAAUGCCAGCACAGGAAAUGGACCAAGAGGAAGAUGAAGUUAUGAGUUCUUAUGUGAUUGAGAUUAAUUCCGACCAUAGAGAGACAACCAGUGAGGCAGUAUCUGUGGACGAAGCGAUUGCAUGGGCCAAGGAAAGAUUUCAGAGACAUUGUACUGAAAGACAAGAAGGAAAAGAUCAAUCAACUGAACUAGGAGAAAAGCUUGGUGCAAAUGGAUGUUUAGACCAAGAAAUGAAUGGACAUGAAAUGGUGCAUUCUUUGGUGGAAGAACAAAAGAAAUGGACAACCAAUGAAGAAAAAGAACAAUCAGAUAAAGAUCAACUACAGAUGGAAAUGGAUCUACUUGAUGAAGAUGUAAGGUUGUGGUCAGCUGGCAAGGAAACCAAUAUACAGUCGCUACUUUCAACACUACAUCAUAUUCUAUGGCCGAACAGCGGAUGGUAUCCGAUAAAUUUUACAAGCCUUACAGAAAGCACACAUGUGAAGAAGGCAUAUCAAAGAGCAAGGCUGUGUCUUCACCCAGACAAACUGCAACAAAGAGGAGCAACACUCCAACAAAAAUAUGUUGCCGAGAAGGCCUUCUCCAUCCUUCAGGAUGCAUGGGCUACAUUCAUCUCCCAAGAUGUCUUCUUUAAACCACACGCAGAGGCUUGGGGUUUAUCUGGAGUUCAGUUUUGACUAGCAACAGCAGUCUGGAUACUCAGGACGAUAUCUAGAGGUGUUUUGUUGAAGAAUUAAGGAAAUGCGCCUAUGCAGUAACUGGAAUGCAGAGCUGGGUAAUUUUCACUUGGGUGUUUACAGGAUAUGCUUACAUCUCCUUCCCUCUGUAUAAUUAGACCAAAGUAUAUUCAACGCAAGAUGGGUAUCUUAGUGUAGCAUUCUCCACAUCCUGUAUAAAUGAGCAAGCAUUUGUUGGCACAACUUCCCAUCCUAAGCUUCCACAGAAGUGACGGGUUUCAAUGUUUUGUACAAAUUUUAACAUCUUGUAAAGAAUAAAUCAGUUGCACAGACUUCA